UUCCGUUAAUAUGGUGUCGACUGAUGCCGAACUGAAAUCCAUUGUGUUUCGACAGUAACCACAUAACAUUGUUGAAACUUUGCCUUGGUUAACGGAUUAAUAACACAGCGACAUAUCCUUAGCCUCAAUAUUUGAGUCCUCGAACGAAAGAAAAGCUAUUGGAAACCAAUCGUUCGACGCUAUCAUGUUUUAACAGGCAGAGCGAUGUCCGACGAACGGGGGAGAAAAAGCCGGUACAUGGAUAUCAGUAAAUGUUUCGGUCAGUUUAGGUCACCGUACAAGGCGGAACGGCAUCUAACAGUUAGCUAACCGAUUACUAACCGAUUGCGAUUUCGAGAGAGUGACACUGGAUACAUUUAUGCCUAGUUGUGUGUUGUCAACUCUGAUUUUCUAUGUAGAUGUCCUUCUUGUAGUUUUAAGGGGGUACUGAGCUAAACUUUUCAAGUACAUCUGCAGCUAAGUAACUAUUCAUCGAGAUCUCCAACUUAUUAUAAAGAAAAAACUUCUGGCUGCUGUUCGCUAGAUUGCUUACCUGGGUGACCGGCAAUCAAAAGUCAAGAAUAAAUGCUUGCUAGUAUACAUCUUUUUUAGGGUUGUACUCAUUUUUGCGUUGUUUGUGUUUUUCUUUUUCUUUUGAUCCUACUUUUAUGUCUAUAAUUCUCCAAAAACAAACAAUCAGCUUAGAAAAAAAGUUUAAAAAGUUUCUUGCUAAGAGCAGCAUGCUGGCGCAUUGAAACGACGGCAUGCCACGAAUGAACUUCAGUCACUCUUAGCGGACAGCUUUAUGCACCAUGAGCACAGAAAAAUGAUUUGAAGUUUUCUAAUAGAAAAAAUAACAGUCCUGGUUUCAAUCUUUCAAUCGCCUUUAAAAUCUUUUACAACAGUUUCAACGGAUUAAAAGUGUCAAGUUUUGUCACGAGACACUUUAAUAGUGUAAUGCCGGGAAGAACAGCUUCCAAUUAGUCCUAUUUCACACGAAUCACACUGCACAAAGUAUAAACACCGUGACAACACACGUUCACGAACAUUCUUUCGGCGGGCAGCGUUAGAUCUUUUCUUAAAAAUGUUCAGCACAUUGAUUAAAAACAAAUACGCUUUAAUUGAGGUUGCUGACGCUUGAAGAGCUUUAAACGUCAUAAUUGACUUCUCAAACUACCUCGUGCCACCCACACAGUUAUCAAUAAGCACAUUUAGAUUACACCAGCAAGGCUCAACGAAUAAAACGGAAGCAACAGAUAUCUGUAGGCAAUCUUAUUCACAGCAUAAUAACGUGACAAUGACGGUGUGACGUACUUAAAUGGUGGCACGGUAACCCGUCGAGCAGUUAAUUUUCCCGCGCUGCAUGUUCCGGACGCAAGAAAUACGGUUCGACUCAUGCGAAUCUCCGUGCCGCAAUGGUUUAUAAGUGGUAAUAAGAGGGAUUAGCUUAAUGAAUGGUGCUUGCUAAUCGCAAAGGGAAAGUCAAAACCCUUUAAACAGUGUUUAUUGCGAAACAUCUGUGAAACAGACACGCCCAAAGCAUCGGCUGAGGGAUGAUCGUGAUGUUUGCUUUAAAUCAUGGAAUACGAUUGUUUUGGUCACCUAGCUAAUCGCCAGCAGAAUUUCAGUUGUACUCUUCGCGUUGCAUGAUGAUUUCAAAUGCUCUCUUAUUUCACACGAGACUGGCUUGUACAAGUCUCUGAAAUCUAAAUCCUCAUCUUGAAAUUCGAAAAUGGCCCUCUUAAGUUAAUGUAUGAGUUUCAUGCUAGGCUUUUUGCAUCUCGGUCAAUUAAUGUAUAAUUAGCAUUUUAUCGAUCAGGCGGAUCACAGUAAAAGGAGGCUGUCGACAGCUGAUGUCGCUGCGUGAUGGAUAACAGAACAGGCUUUAAAGCUCAUGAAAAGCUCGACAAAAGUCGGCCCAUCAAGUCAUCAGAUCACUGGCUUCAGGUUUGCUAUCAGGCGUAGGAGGUGCUUAAACUCAUUAACCUUAACCGGGUACGGUAUAAAUUUCAUUAACCAAGCUGCGGUGCAAUCAAUUUUAUUCGCGAAGAAACACAUUUGAGGAAAACUCGCGCAGUCCAUGAUCUAGCGCCCAAGAAUGCGCGCAUACAGUGAGAACAUCUCUAAUAAAUGUCACAUUUGGCGAUAAAAAAGGAUUAGAGGUAUUAGCACCUAAAUGGAUUUCCAAGGAACAAUAGACAAGUACCGGAGAGAGAUAAGAGUAUUCGUGCAUAUAAAGCAGUUCGUUCAGCUGACAUAAAGCCGUUGGAGGCUGUUCUCUGGAUCUCCGCCCACCGUGAACCUUAUAAAUUAGCGCCUUGUUCCUUGCUGGGAUAGACUUUAUUUAACAUGUUGCAAAAGCCGAACAGACCGCACUGCGCAGUGAAGCCGAGGAGAGACGACGGUUUGAGCACGGUGCUUUGCUAACCACAAAGCCGGAUGCCUCGUUUCAUCUGAUUACCAAAAGCAACUAAAUGAAAUGAACCCAAAAUAAUAAGUAUCGCCGACGUCGGGCUGCGAUCCGAGUUACAUUAAGACUACGUAUUUUAACAGUGCCAAGUCUGUUGGUCUUACGCAAGCUAAUAAACAUGGCAUAGCGCCGGGCAAAAGUUUUUUGAACAUUUUGAAAACCACGGAACUCAUCAAAACUGUGGGGCAUUUCCGAUACUAACCCGAUUUUCGGCACCACGUCAAAGGAAUACACGGAUAGCGAGUGAGUGAACUGAUAACUGGGUUGACACAUGAAGCAAAGCAGCAGUUAAGAAGGACCUCGUUAUUGUCAAGAUCACGACUUCUCUCCACGGACCGAAAGAACGCCUUGAACGCCCAACGCAGUUUCCCAUUCUGAGGCUUAACCUACGUGACAGUACACUGAGAAGUUUCUAGAGAUGCGACACUCUAAGUUCAAGAGUAUAUUCACGCUAGUUAUUGCUUGCUUUCUGAGCACUGUUUGGCAGACCUCAUCAGAGGCACAACCCUGGAAACACCUAAAACCCGACGUCCGUCCGCAACCCUCAAGAGACAAGUUGAAGCUCAAGGUACCGCCAGAGCCUGAAAGCUACCCCAGUGAUCCUGUAGAAGGCGACUUUGAUCUCGACGCGAUGAAAACACAACUAGGAAUUGACUUUGACCCAAAAUAUAUUGCGCUAACCAAAGAAGAGCUUUUGAUGAAGAAGAACGACACCAUUCCAGACGAGCAGGACUUCUUGCGUAAGAUGCUGGUAAAGAGCAUGCCGGAAGAAAUAAAAAACCUUGAUUUCAGAAUGCCCGGUAUGAAAAGAUAUCUUGGACCUAAGGCAAGUAAAAAACUACAGCUUUGGCUUUGGCAAGUGUCACACUGUUCUGUGCUCCAGAAAUGGGAGGAUUUUGGAGUACGCUAUUGGCCUCGUCACAUCAAUGUCGGAAAAUGUUCCAAAAAGGCAACGUGCUCAUUUCCAUCGGGGAUGAGGUGCCGUGUUUCUGGCAAAAAACGCGUGGGAGUCCUUCGAUGGUUUUGCCUGGAUAGAUUCGCCGAACGGAAGGAUACAAAAUGCAGAUGGGUGAAGUUUCUUUAUCCCGUGACUACCGCUUGUAGAUGUUCGUGUUCACAGUGAGGGCAGGAGUCAGGGGUACUCCAAUUUGGAUUGCACUGUCUGACAAGUGGGGUCACAAAUCCGAACCUAAAAUCAAAGACUUCUCCGAUUUUUAAUGAAGGAAAUAAGUGAAAGAAAAGGCACAGAAGAUGAAGAACUUGGACUUGUCCACUAUAGAACAAUGGAUUUUGAGCUGCUACUUAUAUUUGCGCCUUUUUAUUUGACAGGUUAGUUACGUUUAAGUGGCCUUUUCAUGAACGAACAGAAAGUCCCGUGCAGGAUUGUUGAAUUAACUGAAUACCAGGGUCAGAAUAAACAAAUUCGCACCUCAUUCACGGGCUUAGAGUUACAGCACGUCAAGAAAUGAUUGUAUUAUCUGUAAAAUAACCUUAGCCGUAUUUAGCGCUUUUCAAGAGGUGUUAAACAUACUUUUAAGAAAGUACGGUAGUAUACUAAUUGAGAUGCUAUGAUGAAACAAUCCCACCGCCUUAUGGCGUCCAUUAAAGAACAUCUGAGUUUACUUUACGCUUUGUACUAUCUGCGCCUUAAAACACACUUCCUAAUGUCUCCGACACGCGUAGAUCGGCAGCGAGAUAGAGAGAGCCGUUUCCGGCCAAUUUUGGACCACUAAAGCUAAAUCAACAAGUUUUUAAAAACCACUAUUGUCUUUAACAUGGACAGCGUACAGUGACGAGAAAGAAGAGAAAUACUAGAGAUCGGUCACGAAUUGCGAAAGAAACUUGAAUUAAUGAACGAAUGGCCUUGAGGAGGCUGAUUGAACUUAACUAUUAAAGGAAACUUACCACGAAAUGUUUAAUUUAUUUUUAAGAGAGCGUUUAUGUUUCGAUACUGUUACCUACACAGUUGUAUGUGUACCAAUUAUAGUGUCGACUUAAAUCUAGGCAUGUUGAUGGACAAAACGUUAUGAGCAUUAGCACAGCUUUAGAGUGCCGUUAGUCGCGUUUUGUUUACCUCACAGCAUUCUUAAAGUCACAUGUAUGAAAAACAGUGAAUCGAUUUAAUUAAAAUCAUUCAGAGUUUAUGAUAUUUUA